AUGAGGCUGGUGUGGAAGUCCCUGGACAAGAUGAGGUGUUUCCGUAAACGCUCCACCAUCCCCUUCCUGGGGGUCCUGAUCACCUGUCUCCUCUUCUUCAAUCUCUACAUGGAGGAUGGAUACAUGAUGGAGGCGGGUAAAAGACCGCUGAGAGAGACAUCAAUUCAUCCUUCAAACACUGAGAGAUAUAUUCACACCUUCAGAGACCUCACUAAUUUCUCUGGAACCAUAAACGUCACAUAUCGUUACCUCGCUGGGAACCCACUGCCCCGAAAGAAAUAUCUAACCAUUGGAUUGUCAUCCGUCAAAAGAAAAAGAGGGAAUUACCUCAUGGAGACGAUCAAAUCUAUUUUUGACCAGUCCAGUUAUGAGGAGCUGAAAGAGAUUGUGGUGGUGGUCCACCUGGCAGACUUUGACCUGGCCUGGUGUGAAAACCUGGUGCAGGACAUCUCCAGGAAGUUUGCCCACCACAUCAUCGCUGGGCAUCUCUUGGUGAUCCAUGCCCCUGAGGAGUACUAUCCAUCACUGGAUGGGCUAAAAAGGAACUACAAUGACCCAGAUGACAGGGUACGAUUCCGCUCCAAGCAGAACGUGGACUACGCCUUUCUCCUCAACUUCUGCACCAACCUCUCUGAUUUCUACAUGAUGCUGGAGGAUGAUGUGCGCUGCUCACGGAACUUUCUGACAUCCCUGAAGAAGGUGGUCACCUCUAGGGAAGGCUCCUACUGGGUGAUGCUGGAGUUCUCCAAGCUUGGCUACAUAGGGAAGCUCUACCACUCAAGAGACCUGCCACGCCUGGCCCACUUCCUGCUCAUGUUCUACCAGGAGAUGCCCUGUGACUGGCUCCUCAUUCACUUCCGGGACCUGCUUGCCCAGAAAGACGUGAUCCGCUUCAAGCCCUCCUUGUUCCAGCACAUGGGCUACUAUUCCUCAUAUAAAGGGGCAGAGAACAAGUUGAAGGAUGAUGACUUUGAAGAAGACUCCAUUGAUAUCCCUGACAACCCUCCUGCUAGCUUAUACACAAACAUUCAUGUAUUUGAAAACUAUGAUGCCACCAAGGCUUAUAGCAGUGUGGAUGAAUACUUUUGGGGGAAACACCCCUCUACCGGAGACUUCUUUGUCAUUAUCUUACACGAACCAACUCAAAUCAGCAAGAUAAAAAUCAUGACAGGAACGUACGAUCGUCAGAACGAUAUCCUGCACCAUGGAGCUCUGGAAGUAGGAGAGAAGCUGGUGGGGACAAAGAGAGGAAGGCAGUGUUCUUCCUACAUCACGUUAGGGGACUUUAAAUAUGGCAACAUUGAGGUUCAAGAUGUGGACCACAAGAUUGCCUUUGACAUUGAGUGUGUCCGUAUUGUUGUGACUGCCAGUCAGAAAGAAUGGUUGAUCAUUAGGACAAUAAGUCUGUGGACUACACAACCUCCCAGUCAAUGGUACACCGAGGGACCAUACCGUUUAGACUAA